AUGGCCGCGGAUGCGGAAGAUCUCGCGCCCACCAUGGUCACUACGCUUCCUGACGACGGCUUCGUUCCCUUCGGUCGAAGGCGAAGGCCGGCCUGGCGCUCGCCCGGCGAAAGUUGGGCGCCAAAGUGGCGCCGUGUGGCGAAUCCCUCGGCCGAUUUCGCGGAGUUCGACCGCGUCGUACGAGGCAUGCUCAACCGCAUCAGCACCGAAAACGCCCGCUUCCUCCUGCCGCUGGAACCUGCUCUCCGCGGCGCUGAGAAGGCUGGCGACUGUGCCCCCUGGUGGUCGGCGCGCUGUGCGGCGCUGAUGUUGAACCACUACAUCCAGGUCAUCCAUACCAGCCGCUGCGCGCGGGGCCUGGCCAUGCGCAGCAGCGACAACGUCCUCCCCGAGUACCUGGAUGCCGUGUCGCCUUUGCUUGCCAGGAGCCCUCGCCUGGUGAACGCGCUGGUGGCCUGGGUUUCGCGCCUGCUGAACUGGUACGACCUGUGCUGGCCCACCGCGCGCCUGAUGCUGCUGGCCGCACGGGAGCCACGCGACAAAUCCGCGCUCCCAGGCCACGCGCUCGGCCGCCUCCCUGCCGAAGUUGUGAAAGGUCGGAUCCUCUCGUUUUUGAUUCCGCCUUUGCUACCCACGUCGGCAUCUUCUCAGGAUGUCGGCGUGCCGGCGGCGCUUUGUGGUUGCUGGAGCGAUCCAGAUGGAAAGAAGGACGUCGUCGCUGUGCUUGCGCACCUGCUGCUCUUCACGCCGGCUGCCGCCUUCCCUCAGCUUGCCGCCUGCGCCCUGGCGAUGGCAGAGGAGGCGCUCUCCGACCGCUGCGUCUGCGAAGAGAAGGUUUACCUGGCGGCCGCGGUGGUUGUUUCGGUGUCGCAGCGUUUGCAAAAGUCCCUGGCUGGGCCUCUUCUCCGGGCUUUGGAUGAAGACAUGCCGCCCACGCAGCUGGCACUGACCAACCUGCGCCAGGACUUGUCCUGUGUGCUGCGCCUUGAGAAUAUGCUCGUCAGGGCAGCGGACGCAGCGCGCAGGAACUCCAACCUCUCCUUCUUCGUGGACUCCCGGGUUCUUGCAGCUUCGGAGCACGCCCGUCGCGCGCAGGAGCAAAGCCGCCAACUCAUGGCCUGA